CCUUCGCGUUGGAAUACUUUUCACAAACAUUAAAGCAAAACAAAGACUGAUCAUGAUGACCUCAUUGCUGGGCACUGCCCUGAUGACUCUGGUCCUAUCGGGGCCCGUGUUGACCUUUGCCCCCAUCGGGGGCGGGGGCUCCUCUCACGUCAGCAUUACGGGAACGGCCCUGCUGCAAAAAGUGACGGAGACGUGUCGGGCCGUGGCCGAGGCCGCCGGUUAUGAGUUCAAACCCACGGGUUCGUCCCCUGAGGAGCUGGUCCAGGCAUGUCUGGGUCCCACUGCAACAGGAGAAGUGUCCGGUGCCAAGUUCCACUCGGCUCUCCAAGAGAUCUACGUCCAGAACGGACUGGUGGACCGCGACUUCGUCAACAGUGCUGCACACCACUUCAACUCAGAGGCCUUCCUGGAAGGGCGGCGCCUCAUCAUGAGGGGCAACGUGGCCAUCAAGGCCAGCAUUCGCGAGGGGAACUUCCAGGCCGCCAGGGAAACACUGGGCCGGGUGCUUCACACACUGCAGGACUUCUACAGCCACAGUAACUGGGUGGAGCUGGGAUUCACCGAGCCGUACGCCAGCCUCUUACGCUCAGACCUUCCUCUGGAAAACCUGGCAGAUGUCGACACUCCGACCUGCAGUGACUGUGUCAGUGGAAAGUGCCCCAAUUCCAUCCUGCCAAACAUCCUGAAAGAGAAGAAACUCACAUCCGGCUACAUGGGGAUCUUCUCAGCUGCCAAGCCCAAAGGGAAGUGCAGCCACGGAGGAGCGGCCGACCUGACGAGCGCGGUAGAACCUCGCGGAGGAAUCAGCAAAGACGAGCGCCGCGCGGAUAACGUGGCUCUGCACACCGCCGCCGUGCAGCUGGCCACGGCCGCCAGCCUCCAGCUGCUGGAGGACAUCCGGUUGGCUGCCGGGGACCAGGACUUCCUGAGGAUGAUGGGGAUCGCUCGCUCAGCCGUCGUGUGCUUCGUCAUCGACACCACCGGCAGCAUGUCGGACGAUAUCGCGGCGGCCAGGCAAACGAUGUACGACAUUAUCGACGGUAAAAAAGGAACGCAGGACGAGCCAUCCGAGUACAUCCUGGUGCCCUUCAACGACCCCGAGUUUGGACCAAUGUUCAAGACAACAGACCCAGAUAAAAUGAAAACAGAAAUCUCUAAGCUCACAGCCAGAGGAGGUGGAGACUACCCUGAGAUGUGCCUGUCAGGACUUCAGUUGGCUCUCACCGGUUCUCCCGCCUCCUCCAACAUCUUUGUUUUCACCGACGCUAUCGCCAAAGACAUUCAUCUCAAGGACACUAUCGUUGCUCUCAUGCAGAGCACCAAGUCAACGGUGUCGUUCUUUUUAACCCGGGUAAGUAAGAGGCGCCGUCGUGAGCUCCGCGCUAGCACCUUUGAGGACUACAAGGACCUGGCGUUGGCCUCCGGAGGCCAGGCCAUCCAAGUUUCUAAGAGUCAGUUGCCUCAGGCCACAGACAUCAUCCUGGACACCUCUACUUCAGCUCUGGUGACAGUUCUUCAGCGAGCGAGGAACCCUGGGAAGAAGGAGACGUUCCCCUUCACGUUGGAUGGAUCUCUGAAGAACAUCACCAUCUACAUCACGGGAAAUGCCAUCACUUUCACGCUGACCGACCCCACAGGUGUGAGCCAGACGUACAACGAGGCCAGCGGUAAAUUGGGCACCAUCAACACGGUGGGGAACCUGCGGAGAAUUCGUCUCCACGUUGGCAGAGAUACCGGCGGCUGGAAGAUCGAGAUCAUUUCCACACAACCGUACACACUUAAAGUCACAGGUCAGAGUACCAUUACCUUCAUCUAUGACUUUGUGGAAAAAUUCGGUGGGCCUCAUGCAGGCUACGCACAACUCAGCGGGCGUCCACAAGCAGGCCAGCCGGCGACUCUGAUGCUCUCGGUGAUAGGUAGGAAAGGUCCGUCCUCCAUGACCAUCGGGUCCGUUGCCCUUGUGACCGUGUCCGGUGCCGAGACUGUUAGAAACAGCACAACAUCUGACAUGGGCAACGGAGACCUCCUGGUGACCGUCGAUCACGUCCCCGAGGGGGAGUUCGUGGUCCUCCUCAAGGGAACCGACAAAGUGUCGGCCAGUGAAUUUCAGAGACAGUCCACCACCCAAAUGUCCGUCUCCAAAGUGAACAUCAAGGCUGUGGUGGACAGCAACAUGGAGCCCGGUACAGAGUUCCAUCUCCCCUUCAGCGUCCUGACGCAGGGCUCCGGGGGCCGAUACGCCAUCAGCGCCAGAAUUGAUAAGGACUUCCCUGUGACCUACCCACGCAGCCUCACCUUGACAUCUGGAGAAUACGCUAAUUCUUCUUUGACCAUCACGCCACCUGCCGGCACGCCGUCGGGCACCGACGUCACGCUGACCCUGGAAGCCAAGUCGUCCUCAGGCGUCGACUCCAAUUACGUCGUGUUGAGAAUCUCUGUCGUCACCAAGAUCACAGAUUUCGCUCAGCCCCUGUGUGAAGUGUUGAACGUGAUGGCAUACGAUUGCCCUCGCGACGUGUCCCAGUGUGAACAUUUCCAGUGGAAGCUGGCGGCCGCCCUCACCGACGGAAACGGCACCGGGAUCGAGACGGUGUCGCUGCGCCAGGGCAGCGGAAACUUAACCACCACCUCGCUGAGCGACCCCGUCACCAGGGCCAACUACAAGGCCUCCUGCUGCUCGCAGAUUGUCGAGUUUGUCGCCGUGGAUAAAGUUGGAAACGUGGGCAGGUGCUAUCACUCCAUCGUCCGGUCCGCCGGGCCCCCGGCCUUAACGGGGCCGCUGUGGCUGUGCCUGCUGGCAUCCGCCUUCGUGAUGAGGAUUUGAAGGGUAUUAGAUACAAAAUUUACCACUAUGUUUUUGUUGACAUUUUUUUCAAAUAAGUCAGUAAUAUUCAAUUGGAAAUGGGCUAAUGAUCCUUCUCUACUUAAUAAAAUAUGAUACAUUUCAUUUAUCAACAUUGCAUUCACCUCCACUUUACAAUUAUGGUGGCGGAAAUGUGUUUCAUGUAACUUUUAGGAGAAACAACCGUGAUGAACCGUCAUUUUAAAUACAUAUUGCCAUGUGAAAUAAAGGUCUUUUAAUACGACACGAGAGCACAUCGGAUUGUUUUUAUUCCACACACCAUGAGCCCUCGUCAAGAUCGAAUAAGCAGUGUCUGAAGGAUUAAAGAGCAUCUGUAUGCGAGCACAAGGACACUGCAAUGACUUGCCAACCUCCAGGCAUCACUAAUAAUAAAACAAACAAGUUAGACAGUAAGUGCUUUAAAAAAAUAAUUUGAACGCACUAUUAUUCUACAGUAAUGUAGAACUAGCCACAUGCUUAGCAGCAUUAGAAUAAAUGGUUGUUGCACUUGUCUCACAGUGACGUUAUUCUCAACAUAUUGUGAAAAUAAUAUUCUUUCAUCAUAGGUUAUA